AAAGACUCCGCCCAGACCGGCUAUGCAGACAAUCACAACAUGGACCCGACCAUUAUCUCCAGCGGCAGCUUCGGCCAGCUGUGGCGAUACAAGACCCCAGCCUACACCAGCGGGACUGGUGACGAGCAGUUCUACGCAAAACCAUUGGUGUACACCCCUCCCAGCUACGGUAGGCAGAUCAUACUUGCUUUUUCCGAGCAAAACCGUCUGUUUGCUGUGGAUGCCGUCAAUGGCACGCUCAUUGCCUUUCGGGACAUGAACGAGGAAGGGGAAGGGCCGUUUAAUAUUGCGGAUUUUGAUGGGGAUUGUAAUGAUAUCAGUGAUACCGUGGGAGUCACUGGUACGCCUAUUCUUGACCCAGAUACCGAUACAGUCUACUUCUGGUCCAAGGGGUACGAGGCUGGUGUUACCUCUGGCGUGGACAAUGCCAGAUAUCGGUUCCAUGCUGUGGACGCUAUCACUCUGGAAGAAAGGGCUGGGUUCCCCACGGUGUUGGAUGGUCACCAGGCCGCCAACGACGAGACUCGUUUCUUCCAGGCUGGGAUUCAGCUACAGCGCCCGUCCCUGAACCUUCUCAACGGCGUUGUGUAUGCCGGGUUUGGAGGCCACUGUGACAUGUUCAACUACACGGGCUGGAUUGUAGGGAUGCGUGCCAGCGACGGGGGCUUUGUCACGGCCUAUGCUACCAGUGCAGGCGCAGGGGCCCCUCCUGUGCCAGACACAAGUGGCGCUGGGGUCUGGAUGGCGGGCUCCAUCCUCGCCUCGGACCAGUCCAACCGCUUCUUCUUUGCGACGGGCAAUGGGAUCACCAGCACCAUCAAUGACGCACAGGCGGCCAGUGGACGCACGACCCUCGACACGCUGAGUGAGUGUGUCGUCAAUAUGCUCGUCAACUCGGACGGCACGCUGGCCCAACAAGACUAUUUUGAGCCCGCUGCCUAUCAAGCCAUGGAUGGUGCAGAUCGGGAUGUUGGUAGUGGUGGUGUCACUCUCUUGACAACUCCCUUCAGCGGCGGAGGGGUUAAUAAUAUUGCCAUCACCUGUGGCAAGAAUGGGCAGUGUUUUGUCAUGAACGCAGACAAUCUUGGAGGAUACAAGACGGGAGCCAGUUCAGGUGACAAUAUCCUCCAGACCAUCACUCCGCCGGCUGGUGCGGCCAUGUUUGGAACAGUGGCAUCGUAUCCCUUGGAAGGUGGGUAUAUCUACAUGACCCUCUCGGGCACGCCUGUCUAUGCCUAUGCUCUGGGAUUCGACGCCUCUGGUCGACCACAAUUCUCUUACGCAGGCGAGACGGCCACGUCCACCACAGGCCGACCUGCCGUCAGCGCACCCAUGGUCACGUCCUUGGACGGUCAAGAAGGCACCGGCAUCCUCUGGAUUGUCGAUCCCGACAACGGCAUCAGUGCCUACAACGCUGUUCCUCAAGACGGAGUGCUUGUGCCCAUCACUCUCCCUGCUUCAGGCCAGGUUUCCAAGUUUCAACGACUGGUUUUUGGUGACGGACGGUUUUACACUACAGCCCCAGGAUACAUAAUUGCCUAUGGAUCUCCCGUCACGCUGCCUCUUAAUUGCACAGGACCUGUCAAUUUUGGCGACGUCUACAUCGGAUCAUCUGCUGUGGAUAGUGUCUCUUGCACGGCUUUGAUCGGUACCACGAUUGAGUCUCUGGCUAUUGGCAGUGUAUACUACAGCCUUUCCUCGUCAGAUGCGUUUCCUCUCCCGUUGGCUGCUGGUCAGUCUUUUACUCUGGAUGUGGUGUUCAACUUGACCGGCUAUUCUUCUACCACUGGCGGCGGUGGCAACACAACACAACUCGUGCCAGGGUCCAAAUCCGCAGUCGUCACCAUCACAAUGGACAACGACGUCGCCGAAUAUGCAAGCACACAAAGCAUCUCCUUCACGGGCGAUGCCAUCACAGGCGAUGCCUACCCAGCUGUGAACCCACUCCAGGUUGAUUUCAGCGCUGUGGUCGUCACCAAUUCCUCAAGCGGUCCCGUGUCGAGUGGUGCUUCGGAUAACGCGUUUGUCCUCUCCAACCUAGGCGAAGCAGGUCUGGAAAUUCUUAGGUAUGCUUAUACCAACACGGACCCUUCAGACGACGACACAACGUUUACAAAUCUCACGACAACAACCAACAAUGAGACUGUGCUGGACAGCAACGGGUACUUUUCGACAACAGAGCUGCCUGCAUUGGGGUCCAGCAUAGCAGCGGGAUCCGCGCUCACCGUCCAGGUCGAGUUCAACACCAACAUUGUCGGCAGUUAUUUCACAAUUCUCUGCAUCUGGACCAAUGGAGGGAUGGUGUACGUAACCCUCGAUGCCUCUGCAGACUCACAGCCUGUAGCAAAAGUGUACUACUCGGACGGAGAAGGAGGAUGGUCUCUGAUUCCAAAUUCUCCCGACACCGAUGAGGACUGGGAGUACAUUGUCAGUUUUGGUACAGGUCCAGGAGACACCGACCAGACCAUCACCCUCUUGGUACAAAACGCGGGCGGAUCUGAUCUCAUCGUCACAAAAUCCAAGCCUCCAGAAGGUACUUACCUGGGCGCGACCAACCCCGAAGGCGACCUGGCCGAAGGCCUCGAGAUCGCACCAGGGCAAAACAGCACCGGCACGGUUUACUUCGAGCCCCCAGCCGCACAGAUCAAUGCGCCAGCCACGACAUAUGCCGCAGCGUGGACAUUAAACUUCAACGAUCUCACGUGGGGCGUUCACGUCGUGAACUUCACAGGAACGACGGAAGCGGCGCAGGUCGGGCCACAGCUGGCGGAUGGGUCGGCUCGAUUUCGAUAUUUGGGCUGCUAUCUCGACAGCACGGUAUCCCGGAUCGAGUCUUCGGGGGUUGUGUCGGCUAAUAACUCGAUCGGCUUCUGCCAGGACGAGGCUUAUGCAGAGAAGGUGGCCUUUGCUGGUGUGGAAUACACAGAUGAGUGUUAUUGGGGCGAUUCCAUACCUUCAUCAUCUCUUCUCGCCACCGAUGCCAACUGUGAGGGGUACACCUGUGCUGGCGAUGCAAGCGAGUAUUGUGGUGGUGACGGUGGAUACAUUUCCAUCUGGUACGAUGUCACAGCUUAUUUCCCCGAGAACGGUACUCUCGCUCCAGGUUAUACAGGUCCCACCCAGCCAUCUACUGUGGGCGACUAUUAUUUCUUGGGCUGCUACGGCGAUGAUGCCGCAGCUCGAGCUCUUUCUGGGUCGGCACCAGGACUCGGCUCUUCGACGACCCUUGAGACGUGUGCGGCUGCUUGUGAAGGGUACACAUAUUUUGGCACGGAAUAUAGUGACGAGUGCUAUUGUGGAGAUACGAUAAAUGUCGAGUCUGGGACUGGUGUGUCUGGUAAGAAUCAGACGAGUGGGUGUACGAUGGUCUGCGCUGGGAAUCAAGAGGAAUAUUGUGGUGGCUCGUCUCGUCUGUCUCUUUACGCAUUGGACGGUACAGACACGACAACCUCCUCGUUUUCGUUGUCAUUGACUUCCAGCACCAAAACCAAACUCACAACAAGCAAUGCGGAGAUAACUCUGCCUUCUAAAUCCCUGGUAUCCUCUGCGCCGCCUUCGAUAGUGUCCACCGCAUCAUCAUUGUCUUCAGCACCAGCUGGAUGGUCCUAUGUCGGCUGUGUCAAUGACAGUCCGACCAACCGAACACUACGAGGGUCAUCUCUUGUGAACAGCGGCAUGACCGUGGCCAUGUGCACUACUUAUUGCGCAAAUCAUCAGUAUCCCUAUGCAGGACUUGAAUACAGUACGCAAUGCUACUGCGGCCCAAUCUUCGUCCCAAGCUCCGCCACCACCGAGGAAACAUCCUGCGAUAUGACGUGUCCAGGUGCCGCAUCUCAGAUCUGCGGAGGCCCAUCCCGUCUCAGCAUCUACCAGUCAACAACACAACCCCCACCAGUGCUGGUCAACUCCACAUCCCUGAAAGAAGGUAACACCACCCAGACCUUCCAAGGAUGUUUUAUGGACACCCAAUCCAACCGGACCCUUUCGUCCUACACCUUCACCUCGACCAAGAACAUGACAGUUGAGAACUGCAUCACCGGCUGCGGGGCCAAAGGGUUUAACGUCAGUGGCGUGGAGGCUGGCACGGAAUGUUACUGUGGGAGCGCCAUGCCUCCGGUGAGCCUGGGUGCGGACACCAGGGACUGUGAGGGGAUAAUGUGUUCAGGAAAUACCACUGAGUUCUGUGCUGGAUCGUCACGACUGGCAAUUUAUAUGUAA